UCUGUGUCACACUCAAGACUCAUUGGCAAUUGCAGCAGUUGUGUGUUCGCUAGGUUAGUAUUCCAUAGACGCGAUCUAAUUUAAAUGGAAGACGCGCACCGAGUCUUGAAGAAUAUAUGGGGUUUCCCCUCUUUCAGGUUGUCUCAAGCAGAGGUCAUUAAGCGACUAAUCGUAGACAACGAGAAUGCACUUGUUUUAUAUCCAACUGGAGGGGGAAAAAGUCUCACUUAUCAGGUUCCAGCGUUAUGCCUUCCAGGACUGACUCUCGUGAUAUCCCCUCUCAUUGCUCUGAUGAAAGAUCAGGUCGAUGCCCUGGUUGAUCGUGGGGUGAAAGCUGCAAACCUAGACAGCACCUUGGACGCGGAACGAUCAGCCUGGGUCAAAGAAGAGGUUAUCUCAGGUCGUCUCAAACUUCUUUACGUGGCUCCUGAAAGACUGAAUAAUGAAGGAUUCGUCACGAUGAUGAGCCACGUCAAAAUAUCUCUGCUGGCCAUCGACGAGUCGCAUUGCAUCUCACAGUGGGGUGCAAGCUUUCGGCCCGAGUAUCUAAAGAUUGCACGUUUUGCGGAGGAAAUGGAUGUCGAGCGUGUCCUCUGCUUGACGGCUACCGCUACUCCGAAUGUGGCAAAAGACAUAUGUAAAUCCUUCUACAUUGAUGCUCAGAAAGGCGUAUUUCGUACUGCAGUGUACCGGCCCAAUCUGGCCUUGCAAGUUCGAGUCGCAAACACUCUGGAUCAAAAACUCGAUAUUCUUAUUCCGUUUUUGAAAUCACGAAUCGGACCUGCAAUCGUAUAUGUGACACUGCAGAGACAUGCACAAGAGGUCGCCGAUCAUCUUCGCCCUCACGGAAUGGAACCAAUGGUGUAUCAUGCUGGAUUGGGCGGUGAUGAGCGUGCACGUGUCCAACAGCAAUUCAUGGAAUCAGAGAAAGGUAUAGUCUGUGCUACCAUUGCUUUUGGGAUGGGAAUCGAUAAGGCCAACAUCCGUCAGGUCGUCCACUUGUUUAUGCCGAAGACCCUGGAGAACUAUAGUCAAGAAGUUGGCAGAGCGGGACGUGACGGUUUACCUUCCACGUGCUUGAUGUUCCUUUCCGCACCAGAUAUCCCUAUUCUGGAGGGAUUUUGUCGCGGUGAUACGUGCAACAAGAGGAGUAUUCACUUAUGGCUCCAAGAAGUAGUGCUCAAAACACCUGAUAAGGAUGGCACCCUGAGCUUCAAUCAUUACCAGCAAUCUAGAGAAUAUGAUAUUCGCGCCAACGUCUUGGGUUUAUGUUAUGCACAACUCGAGCUCGACCACAACUACAUUCGUGCUGUGACGCCAUUUUACUCUCAGUAUGAUAUGUCGUCGCGCACAGCUGACGGUUGGCAGAAAGUACUUGGUGAUGAAACCGAAGCAGCGAAAACAAUCAAGAUGUAUUGGGCCCCCCGCGGUUCGACUUUUCAGAUUGAUGUAGUUACUGCAGCUCAGCAGUCAGGCCAGGACCGUGGGGAUCUUGCCAAAAAAAUUAGUGAUUGGGAGCUCAGCGGUUAUGUUAAUGUGAAGGCUUCGCAAGUCAGAGCACGAUACAAGAUAGUCAACCCUCUCCCGAAGGAGCUGGAAGAAAUAGUAAAUAUCACCGACAUGAUGUACAAGCGUAUGCUUGAUAGGGAGGAGGAGGCUAUAGUCAAGCUCCGACAGGUGAUUGAUUUUGCUACCGAUGACGCAUGUUUGGCGCAGAGUCUUGCUUCACAUUUCGGGGAUGAUGGAGCCAUUCCUACCGGCUUGUGCGGAUCAUGCAGCUUUUGUCAAACAGGGGAGGGCAUACCUUUCGAGUCAGGGGCUGUCGCUCAACCUGAUCCCAUUAAGAUUAAGGCUAUUCUGCAGGCAUGUCCCGAACGCGACGACCCUCACCUCCUCGCGCGCAUGGCAUUCGGCGUUACUUCUCCCAGGUUGACAGCGGGAAAGUGGUCCACUAGUCAUCCGCUGUUCGGCAGUAUGGUAGAAGUUGAUUUCAACGCUCUCGUGGAAGCGUUCGACAAAGAAUGCGCGAGAGCAGGCUAUGCGAAGGCUGACAUCCAGCCCUCCGCGGCAGCAAGCAAGAAGCGCCUUAUGUCACAGUCGGCUUCGAGCAGUGGAAGAGGAGGUACCAGCAAGAGAGCCCGAAGAGGCUGGUGAAUCAUUUCUGGGUUGAACAGACUAAGUUACAUAUUUUUAUUGUAAAUUAUGAACGAUUUUAAUUGGCGAACGAUCGUUGAAUCAAUGAACGAUAGUGAUAUAUCGAUUACGUAAUGG